AGCUUUUGGAAUCAUGUGGACUUUUCUCGGCAUUGCCACUUUCACCUAUUUUUAUAAGAAAUGUGGGGACUUCAUCACUUUGGCCAACAAGGAGCUCCUCUUGUGCGUGCUGGUGUUCCUGUCGCUGGGCCUGGUGCUCUCGUACCGCUUUCGCCACCGAAAUGGGGGCGUCCUGGGGCGCCAGCAGAGCGGCUCUCACUUCGCCCUCUUCUCGGAUAUUCUCUCAGCUUUGCCACUUAUUGGCUUCUUCUGGGCCAAGCCACCCGCUGGAUCAGAAAAGAAGGAGCAGUUAGAGUCCAGGAGGCACAGAAAAGGAAACAAUAUUUCAGAAACAACCUCAGUAGGAGCAGCUACCUCUGUAUCAACAUCUUCUCUAAAUGAUCCAGAAGUUAUCAUCGUGGGAUCUGGUGUACUUGGCUCUGCUCUGGCAGCAGUGCUUUCCAGAGAUGGAAGAAAGGUGACUGUAAUUGAGAGAGAUUUAAAAGAACCUGACAGAAUAGUUGGAGAGUUCCUGCAGCCAGGUGGUUGUCAUGUUCUGAAAGACCUCGGUCUCGGAGAUACAGUAGAAGGUCUUGAUGCCCAACUUGUAAAUGGCUAUAUAAUUCAUGAUCGGGAAAGCAAAUCAGAGGUUCAAAUUCCUUAUCCUCUGUCAGAAAACAAUCAAGUGCAGAGUGGAAGAGCUUUCCAUCAUGGAAGAUUCAUCAUGGGUCUCCGGAAAGCAGCCAUGGCAGAGCCCAAUGCCAAGUUUAUUGAAGGCACUGUGCUGCAGUUGUUAGAGGAAGAUGAUGCUGUGCUGGGAGUUCAGUACAAGGACAAAGAGACUGGAGAUGUCAAGGAACUCCAUGCUCCACUGACUGUCGUUGCAGAUGGGCUUUUCUCCAAAUUCAGAAAAAAUCUGGUCUCCACUAAAGUUUCUGUUUCAUCUCAUUUUGUUGGCUUCCUUAUGAAGAAUGCACCACAGUUUAAAGCCAAUCAUGCUGAACUUCUUUUAGUUAACCCGAGUCCAGUUCUCAUCUACCAGAUUUCAUCCAGUGAAACUAGAGUACUUGUUGAUAUUCGUGGAGAAAUGCCAAGGAAUUUGAGAGAAUACCUGUUUGAACAAAUUUAUCCACAAGUACCUGAUCACCUGAAAGAACCAUUCCUUGAAGCCAUUCAGAAUUCUCGUUUGAGAGCUAUGCCAGCAAGCUUCCUUCCUCCUUCACCAGUAAACAAACGAGGUGUGCUUCUUUUGGGAGAUGCGUACAAUUUGAGGCAUCCUCUUACUGGCGGAGGCAUGACUGUUGCUCUUAAAGAUAUAAAACUGUGGAGAAAACUGCUCAAGGGCAUUCCUGACCUUUACGAUGAUGUGGCUAUUUUCCAGGCCAAAAAAUCAUUCUAUUGGUCAAGAAGAAAGUCUCAUUCCUUCGUUGUGAAUGUCCUUGCUCAGGCUCUUUAUGAAUUAUUUUCUUCUACAGAUGACUACCUGCAUCAAUUAAGAAAAGCCUGUUUUCUUUAUUUCAAACUUGGUGGAGAAUGUGUUGCUGGUCCUGUUGGGCUGCUUUCAAUAUUGUCACCUAACCCUCUGGUUUUAAUUGGACACUUCUUUGCUGUUGCAGUCUAUGCUGCAUAUUUUUGCUUUAAAUCGGAACCUUGGAUCACAAAACCCCGAGCCCUUUUCAGUAUUGGUGCUGUCUUGUACAAGGCGUGCUAUGUGAUAUUUCCUCUAAUUUACUCAGAAAUGAAGUAUGUGGUUCAUUAAGCUCAGAGAGGACCACUUGGGACUCAAGCCUUGUGAGAGAUUCUGGAAGAGGAUGUGGCCACUCUUGGACCAAGACUGGGAUUACUUUCUUUGUGACUUUUUUUGUAUAUAAGCAUGUAAAUAUAUGCCUUAAUUUUCAAUUCCAAAUGAAGGGUAAAAUAAGUUAGAUAUUUAAAAGAUAUGAUUGUUACCAUAAAUUAGCACUAACAGGGAAGAACUUCAGUUUUUCUUUUGAUUUCAGUAUUGGGGAUGAGUCAUUGGGACAUGCAAAUAAAAUGGAGAGUGAACUGUGA